ACUGCUGAGUUCCUCCAGCAGUAAUAGCAUUGAGAUGCUGAAAUGUUUUAUUCAUCAGGAAACUACAGAGUCUCCGAUGUUGUGUUUGGCCCUGUCAUGAGGCACUGAGAGGGCACGAAGAUGAAAGCUGAGGUGUCGGACAUGAGCCAGUGGAGAGAGGUGGAUUUGGAAGAGAAGUGCACCUAUAUUGUAAAUGACCAACCAAGGGACCCGACCAAAUGUACAGAAAUCCCUUGGGCCAGAGCUUCCAUACCCCGAAACCUUACCUUCAAAUACACAAACAACAACGAGGUGAUUGGAGUGAUUAGCAGAGAAUACAUCCCCCAAGGGACACGCUUCGGGCCACUGGUUGGGGAUAUCUACACCAAAGAUAACGUCCCAAAGAAUAUAAGCAGAAAGUACUUCUGGAGGGUUUAUUCCGCCGGGCGGCUGCAUCAUUUUCUGGACGGCUACAACGAGUAUCAGAGUAAUUGGAUGCGGUACGUGAACCCCGCACACUCGGCCGCGGAGCAGAAUCUCGUCGCUUGUCAGAAAGGCACCGACAUUUACUUCUACACAGUGAAGCCGAUCCCUCGCAACGAUGAGUUGCUGGUCUGGUACAGCCGAGACUUUGCCGAGAGAUUGAAUUACCCCCCAAGCGACAUGGUGAUGUUUAAAUUCAAACAAAAUCUCAAGGGAUACAAAGAUCCGGUGCCUGAAUACACUGGCCAGCUACCUCAGAGCCAAGGAGAUGUUCAAGAAGGCCAAAACCCAAAUGAUGGCAGCACAAGGAAUGAGGAGAAAAAAGUGGACGUGGAGGUGAUUGAAAGAGAUACCCCUCCCAUCACUCCAGACAGCCAAAUAAUGGACUUCAGUAAGAAGCUUUCAUCAGAUGUUGUCAGCAGAUCUGCGUCAGACAAAAAUGGUCCAAAGUUCAUUGAUGUUAAGGAUAAUGAACAGCCACUGGACAGGAACAAUUCAAACCAAAGAUCCAAAAUUUCUGUAAUUCAACAAACCCCUCGCAUUCUUUCUCCUAGUUCAACAACCUCACCUCCCAAUAAGCUCCCUCUGCCAAUGAAUGGGCAUCCUAGCUAUGCCGAGGGCUUGGUUUCCUACCCAAUGUAUUCACCUACAGGCCAUGUCCAGCAUCAAUACAUGUAUCCAUACAGCACUCUAUCUCCUCACUAUACCAGACUGGUAUUGCCUAACUACUCACCUGGAUUCAAUGGCCUUCAUCCGCUUGGCAGCCCAGCCACUUUGAACAACAUGAACAACCUCAGCCUGUUCGGCAAGAUGCCUCCAGUUUGUGGUGGCUUUGCAGCAGGAGACUGCCUCCCCUAUCCCAUGAUGAGUCGGACUGUGUUGCCCGUCAUGCUGCCCCCGGAAGAGAGGCAAAAGUGUCACAUCUCAGAGCAGCCGAAAGGUGUUCUUAUCCCCGCUCCCACCAGCGCCUUCUCGCCCAUGGCUCCAGGGCUGGGCCUGAAGGAGAUGCCCCUCACCCAGCCGCCAACUUCAGGGACCUCAAUAAACUCAGAACUGUCAAUGCAUCUGAAAGCUACCUCAUGGGUUUCAGGGAGUGAAGAGGCGAUGAAUCUGAGCAAACCAAAGACCUCUUCUGCAGAUUUCCCUGGUUAUAAGUCACUUCCUUACCCACUAAAGAAACAGAAUGGGAAGAUCAAAUACGAGUGCAACGUGUGUUCCAAGACCUUCGGUCAACUAUCUAACCUAAAAGUGCAUUUGAGGGUCCACAGUGGAGAGAGACCUUUUUCCUGCCACACUUGCAGUAAGACAUUCACACAACUGGCCCAUCUCCAGAAGCAUUACCUUGUACAUACUGGGGAGAAGCCUCACCAGUGUCAGGUGUGUCACAAGCGUUUCAGUAGCACCAGUAACCUGAAGACCCACCUUCGCCUGCACUCUGGAGAGCGACCUUAUCAUUGCAAGCAAUGCUCAGCCAAGUUCACCCAGUUUGUCCACCUCAAGCUGCACAGGCGCCUGCACAGCAAGGAGCGGCCACACAAGUGCCACCUCUGCUCCAAGAGCUACAUUCACCAGUGCAGCCUGAAGAUCCACCUAAAUGGCAACUGCUGCAUGGCGCCAGAGACCAGCCGGUCCAGGGAGGAUCUCCUCAAGAUCGACGAUGAAAUCAAUAGGUUCGACAUGAGUGAAAGUGCAGAAAAUUUGGACAAAGCUGCCACAAUAACAGAGAUGGAGAUGGUAACCGAGCAACCUCAAAUGCACGGCCUUGACAAAGACCACAAAGAGAAACAAUUCAGGGCAGAAUACCACAUGAGCAAUGGAGGCACACAUCCACCCUCUGACCUCCAUGACAGGGCCAAGACUUCCAACCUAAUACAGUUUCACCAUGGUCCAGCAACCCUGGUCCCCAUUAAAGUCAAGCAAGAAGCCAGUCUAUAAUUGUACAAUGAUCAUUAUCAUGUGUGGGACUCAUCACCAACAAUGGUACAUUAUAAGAGAAAGGUGUUUGGAUAAACUAGCAGGAUAAUUCAUGACAUUGAACAAAAGUGACAAUUGUAGACUCAGACUAUUUCCAAACUCUUUCUUGUGUGUUUUGUCUAUUUUUCCCAGAGGGAGUAGUCUCUCUCAAUGCAAUCUGAUGAAUUGCAAAUGGCUCCCUGCGUUUUUAAUGAGUUUUUCAUUCAGUCAGACCAAAAAGGAAGUCCCCCGACACAUGGCCAUUCCUGGGUACUGAUAUUGUACAGACCCAGCCUUUGCCGUGAUAACCAGUUGUGCUUUCUGUGCUUUCUCAGGGUGUGUUACGUAUAUUUAUGCAAUAGAAAAUGGUAUAUAUUUUUUAUCAGUUAAGAGACAAUUGGAUAUGAGUUUAUUCUUCUAAGGUCUAUCUCUUAUUUAUUAAGAAACAGAACAUUCUCUUUUUUUAAAUAAAGUUGACAAUGACAAAAUCUUGAUUGAUAUCUCCAGUAUCUG